ACCGUCAUGAGUCAUGCCCGCUUAAAGUCACCGCCAUUUCUUGGGCUGGCAAUGGACCCGACCAUUAUUGGAAAUCAAAUCAAUGUUGAUGCAUGUUUUUGAUUGUUAUUGAGUUGGUUCCGAGAAUUCAAAUUCGAUCCGAAGUUACGAAGUUAUCGAUAUUCUCAGUUUUGCAUGUCCAGGUACUUGCCCCUGUGCAUUCCUCUAAGUCGAAGGAUUUUGUUUCACCAAUGUUGAGUCGCAGGAGCAGUAGCUAUAGUUCAUCUGAUUUAGAGGAACUUAUAGAGAUUGAGACAAGAUGUCGGCAGCUAAAGAAAGAAAAGGACACACUAAUAGAUUCACGGCCUCAAAGCUUUGAAUUGAUAAGGCGACUAGAACUACAUGUGAAAUCCUUAUCAGAAGCACGCGAGGAAGACAGGCUAUGCAUUGAAAACUUGGAGAAGCGGUUAACAAACUGCACUCAGGAAAUAGAUUACCUGCAGGAUCAAUUAUGUUUAAGGAACACAGAAUUAAACUACCUGGUUGAUCACAUUGAAAACCUCGAAUUUAAAUUAGUUCACAUGGAGCGUUUGCAAGUAAGGGCUGGCAAGUUAGAGGAAGAGGUGAAGCGUUCAAACUUAGAGUCCCUCUUCUUGAUGCAGAAAUUGGAUGACAAGGAAAAGAAGCUACGAGAAUCAAAUUCCAAUGUAGAAAAACUUGAGGAGUCCAUCUCAUCUAUGACAUUGGAGUCUCAAUGUGAAAUUGAGAUUAUGAAAUUGGAUAUGGUGGCCAUGGAGCAGCGUUUCUUAGAAACCAAGAAAGUUCAGGAAGAGGCUCUUCAUCUGAAUGAUAAAAAGGAUAGAUUGAUUUGGCAGCUUCAGAAUGCACAGAAAAAUAUCGUAUCUCUGGAGAAAGAAAAAAAGGAACUUCAAAGAGAGCUGGAUAUGACAACAAGAAAUGCCUCCACAUUUUGUCGAAGUGUUGAGGACUUGAUUGAAAACAAGGAAAGAUCACAAAAUACUGUGUGUUUCUCAAAUGUCCAGGAUAGCAAGUUGACAUCACUACUUGAGACUAGUUGUGGCGAACUCUUCGGCCAUCUUAUUCCAAAAUUAGCAGUUGCACUAUUUGUAGAUGCAAAUUCAGAAGUCAAAAUGAAUGAGAAGGCAAAGCAGAUACAAGAUUAUGAACUUCUUGUGAAGCAACUGAAGGAGGAGGUAAGAGAGGAGAAGUUGAAAGCAAAAGAAGAAGCAGAGGACCUUGCUCAAGAAAUGGCUGAGCUAAGGUACCAAAUUACUGGUUUGCUUGAAGAAGAGUGCAAGCGCCGGGCUUGCAUUGAACAGGCGUCUUUACAGAGAAUUUCUCAGUUAGAGGCACAGGUUCUAAAAGAACGGAACAGAUCAUUUGCUGUCGCAAGGUGCAUGUGCGAGAUAUAGUAGUUGGUGUAUAAAUUAAAAGCUGCUUGAGGAAGAAUGUGAAUCAGAGAUGUUGUCGCAAAUGACUCCUAUAUUGUCCUCGUGCAUUGUUGCUACAAUCAAGAAUAUGAAGUACAUUAGCUUUGCGCAGUUCUUUCUGGCAGCUCUGAUCCUAAAUCUCUGAUCAGAGUGCCUCCUUCUCAUGAGUUAUGUGAUGAAAACUUGUUUGAAUUAACAUAAUGUCCUCACUGUUGUAGAUGUAUAUGUAGGUGUAUUUGUAUUUGAAGCAAGACAAGAAUGCUGUAUUUGUGCAUUUCGCAAUAUGGGAAGUUUUGUAGGCGCCCAUUCCUUGUUUUAA